GUGAGUGGCCGCGUCUGAAGCCAGCUUUUCAGUCGACGUACGCCCGUGCCGAUACUUUCCAGUUCCUGGGCUUCACUCGUCUGCAACAGCUCUUUCGUCAAGCAUGUCGUCAUGUCGUCGUUUUUGCGACGACUUUUGCCCCCUGUGAAGAGAUAUAAGGAGCAAACCGUGGCCGCCACACAAGCCCCGCAGCCCGAGCCUACCAACGCCGACGAGGCAGCGCCGAACCACUCAUCAUCGCCAGUUAUUAGUACCCUUGCCGCAGCACAGCCAGAGCCCCCCGACACAGAAAAGGAGCCCACCAUGUCUUCAGGCUCGCCAUCUCGUCCUCCAUCCCCAGCAAGGGAGUUCCCCUCAUCCGGGUUUCACAACUUCGCAAAGUCCCGCAAGAUAGACGAGGAGAAUUAUUCGUGGUUCUCACACAAAGAAUUCUACCCUGUCCGCAUCGGCCAGGUGAUUCGUGAUCGGUACCAGGUCAUCACGAAGCUUGGUUAUGGCACGUCCUCGACGUCCUGGCUCUGCCGUGACCUGAAGGGUCAUCGGUAUGUGGCGAUCAAGGUGUAUGCAGCCAACCAAGGCCAGGCCAAGCGGGAGGUUGCCGCCUUCAAGCACAUCCAGGGGGUUCUGAACAACACCUCGGCAACGGGGUGUGGCGGCGCCCGUUUCAUCCGGCUGCUGCACAAGAGCUUCGAGCUCGACCACCCCAAGAGUGCCAAGAAGAACCUCUGCCUCGUCUAUGAGCCAAUGGGGAUGUCGCUGGCAGACCUGAGAAGGGUCGCAUGCGAUGGGAAUGUGCCGCUGGAGCUGCUCAAGCCCAUGUUGCCAUACCUCCUGGCGGCUGUCGAUUUCAUGCAUACCAAGGCGAACAUGGUGCACACUGAUAUUCAGGAAGGAAACAUCAUGUUCUCGAUUGAGGACGAGGCGGAGCUCAAGGAAAUCGAGGACGACGAGAUGAGCACGCCCUCUUCUCGAAAGGUGUACAAGGAUGAAGCCACAUUCCUGACCCGGCAGGUCUUCACAGAAGUUGGCGACCCGAAGCUCAUCGACCUCGGCGAGGCUCGCUUUGGGCAGAAGUCAUACGAGGAAGAGGUCAUGCCAGACCUCUACCGGGCGCCUGAAAUUCUUCUGGGUGUUCCCUGGGAUGAAAAGGUCGACAUAUGGGCUCUGGGGUUGACGAUAUGGACGUGUGUUGAGGGAGAAAACCUGUUUACCGACAAUUCCGGGGGUCGGUUCAAAUCGGCCGUACCACACAUGGCGCGGAUGAUCAGUCUCCUCGGGCCACCGCCGCAAAGCCUCCUCGACAAGAGUCCCAAGGCAAAUGAGUUCUUUGACAAGCAUGGGCAAUUCAAAAAGAGCAACAAGGUAAAGCAGACUUCUCUCGAGCAGGAGGAAAAGCUUCUUGAGGGAGAAGAGAAAGCCGAGUUCCUUCGGUUUAUUCGACGCAUGCUGCAGUGGGACCCGGCCAGUCGGCCUUCUGCCGCCGAGCUGGUGAGUGACCCCUUCCUGCGUGCAGAUCCCGACGCGCAAGAUGAAGAGGGUGCAGACGGGGAGUAGAGCAGCUGUCGGAACAGAAAUGGUAGUAGGCUGUAGAGUAGAGAUAAUCCAAGAUGACACUGUUCAUGUUUGGAGAUAGGGAUUGCCUGUGUGAGGAGACAUGAUGAUCUGGACAAGCUUCAUAUGUUUACAAUCACGGAUGAAGAUUACAACCAGUGGAAAGACAUCAAGCAUUUCCGGGCGUUUUUCCAUGGCCAGCAGAAUGCACCAGGUCGGUUCGCUGAUCCCCAUGUAAUUGUGACGGCCAGAAUUGGACGGUUGUAACAAUAUAA